UUUUAUAAAGUUAUCGCAAUCUUCCCAUCAAAAAACUGAACAUGAAGCAUUAUUUAUUUUGUGGUAUGCUGAUGCAUAUUUGUUGGAAUCUCUGUGAAAAUAAGCACAGUAGAGAUAAGGGAAGAGUUUGACUAUCAUGCCAAACAAUAUACUAUUUAUUCCAUAAAAAAAGCUCCCAGAGAAAUUCAUGCAUGAAUGUAGCCUGUUUGUUUCACUUAUUAAAGCACUGAAAUAUGAAAACUGGGUGACAUAUCAAUUGAAGGCUCAUAGGUUUGUUUGUUUCUUUCUUUUCCCCUCUAGUCUUUUCGGAAGUUUAAAAAUAGCUUAUUGGACAGCUUCCAGCUCUUAAAAAUUUGGCAGAAGACUCUAAAAGACAUUGGUGGCAAAUUUGGGUCUGGUGUCCUUUCCUAUUUUGUGUUUCUGACAUGGCUCCUGAUGUUUAACACUUUCUCAUUCCUGGUGAACUUCAGUUUCCUGGCCAUUCCUCAGCUCAUAAUAGCCAAACCAAAUAGCCGUUCAUUCACAGGCCUGGAAUUUUUCACCGGAGCUGGUUAUUUUCAAGACACAGUGCUCUACUAUGGUUUUUACAGCAACACUACAGUUGCAAAGUCCAGCAGUCUUUCUCCGUACUACAUGCAGCUGGCCUAUAUUUUCACCAUCGGGAUUUAUUUCAUUAUCUGCUUCUUUAGCUUGCUGUACAGCAUGGCGAAGUCCUUCCGCAACAAUUUUGUACACCCUCAGAUAUACUCUGGAAAUUUGGCCAAACUUCUCUGUAGCUGGGAUUUCAACAUAACCAACGAGAAAGCAGUGAAGCAGAGGCAGGAAAACGUCAGUACUCAAAUUAAGGAGACCUUAUCCGAAGCACAGACGGAAGCUCUCAACCUUUCUGCCAGUCAGAGAAUUUCUCGCUUCUUUAUUCAUCUGCUGGCUUGGCUCGUUGCGUUGGGAACAGCAGUGGGUGCGUGUGUGGGCAUUUUCUUCUUUUCCCUUGUCAAUUUAGAGUUAUUUCUGGAUGGGGAUAAGUCGGAGCUGGAAAACGAAGCUGCCACCCUGAUUCUGCCGGUGGUGGUGAGCCUCCUCAAUCAUGUCAUACCGUACCUGUACUCUUCUUUCGGCUUUGUGGAAAAAUUCACCAAUCCCCGGCACCAGAUCUACACCGCUAUUUUCAGGAACGUUAUUUUGAAAAUCUCCAUCAUAGGGAUCCUUUGCUAUUACUGGCUUAACACAGUGGCUAUGGAGCCAAAGGUAGAGUGCUGGGAAGCUCUGGUUGGACAAGAUAUUUAUAGGUUGCUUGUAGCCGACUUCAUCUGUUGCUUACUGGGAUCCUUCUUCGGAGAAUUUCUGCUCCGAAUCAUUGGAACCACAUGCUACAAACAACUUGGUGUGCCAGAAUUCAACAUUGCUCGAAAUGUUUUAGAUUUGAUCUAUGCUCAGACUUUGGCAUGGAUUGGAAUCUUCUUUUCACCUCUGCUUCCAGCCAUUCAGAUGAUAUCACUUUUCAUAAUAUUCUGUGUGAAAAAGGUCAGUUUGAUGAGGAACUGUCAGCCUCCUCGCAAAGCUUGGAGAGCAUCUCAGAUGAACACCCUCUUUGUCUUCUUGCUGUUCUUUCCAUCCCUUGUUGGCGUCCUCUCUGUCAUCGCGGUCACUGUCUGGAGACGAAAGCCUUCUGAAACAUGUGGUCCUUUCCGAGGGCUGAUGACUGUCUUUGAAGCCAUUUCCAGUUGGAUGACCAUACUCACCAGUCACCCCAGCUCCGCAUGGGUCAUAUGGAUAUAUCAUAAUUUAAUCGGAAGCGUUCUUUUCUUCUUCAUCCUCUCCGUCAUUGUUCUGAUUAUCACAUACCUCUACUGGCAAAUCAUAGAGGGACGGAAAAUCAUGGUUAAACUAUUGCAUCAACAGAUUAUCAAUGAAGGCCAUGAUAAAAAAUUUCUGCUGGAGAAACUACGUGCCCUCCAGGCCCCUAAAGGAUCAAAUUGGAGGAAUCAGCCAGAGAGGGGUCCAUCUGUGCACAGGCAACCUCGACAACAAAUGCCUUUGCCACUACCCAACUCCACAGAAAGCUCUCCAAGACUGAAACAAAGAGACUCCUAUGCUGAGUCUGACAGGAUACCUGAAAUGACCAGCUUCUUUCAGGUUAAAGAGGACAGCCAAUCAUCCAGGAAUGCUGAGGUUUCUGAAGCUCUGGCUUUAGCUCUGAGAGCCAGGCAAGAGGCUGAAUGGGAAAUGGAUGAUGAAGAAAGCGCAUGAAAGUUAAAAAUGGGCUGCAACACACACAAAGAAGCACUCCUGACCAAAACUCUGCUACUUGUGGCUAACAGCACUGGACUGGGACUCAGGCGAUCUGGGUUCUAGUCCCUGUUCAGGCAGGAAGCCAGCUGGUUGACUUUGGGCCAGUCACACUCAGUCCAGCCUACCUCACAGGGUUAUGGCUGUGAGGAUAAACAUGGCAAGGAGAAAUACAUAAGCCGCCUUGAAUUCUUUGAAAAGGGAAAAAGGCAGGAUAUAACUAAGGUUUGCGUAUGAACUGACAGGGGAAGAUGUAGUCACAAGCAAAGGUUUUUCCACCUCAACAUGACAUUUUUCCAUUUAUUGUGAUUUUCAAAAUCGUGGUGCAACAGAUUAAAGACAGGAUGAAGCUCUUCACUAGAUUCCCUUCCUGCCUACAAGACCAGGAUCUCCUACAUGCUUGAGGAAAACUGAGAUGAACUGCAUUUGUCAUGGAACUCUAAUAGAUGGAAAUAAUUUAUCCCUGAAAAUUGCCGUUGUAUAAACAUGAGUGCUACUUUUCUGAAUUACUCUCUUUUUGGUAUUCUGAUCAGAGUAUUUUUUAGCAGAAAUUAAACAGGGAUUUUAUAAAGAA